AUGCCAACAUCUUUGGCCAACCUCUCCUCUUUGGACAACCUCGACCUGUCGCAAAACAUGAUUACGGGCGGCAUCCCACCUUGGGUAGCGAACCUGACCUCCGUCACCAUUUUUAAUCUUCAAAGCAACGCUCUGUCGGGGGGCAUUCCAUCUUCCUUAUGCCGUCUGCCCUCCCUUGCUGUCUUCGAUGUAGAAGCCAACCAAUUAUCAGGCAUGAUUCCUCCCUGUCUCUACAAUCUCUCAAGCAUCCUUGUCUUGAGUGUGGGGCUCAACAGUCUCGGAGGGACCAUCCCAUCUAACAUAGGUAGUACUCUUCCCCACCUCUUAAAUCUGGAGAUGAUUGGCAAUCACUUCACCGGACUUAUCCCUUCUUCAUUAUCCAAUGCUUCUGGACUGCUUAGCAUACAGUUCGAAAUGAACAAUCUCCAUGGAAAAAUCCCUCGUAACCUUGGAACCUUACAGAACCUGUCGGUCCUGGAACUUUCCGGGAACCAACUAGCAGCCAAGGAGGCCGACGAUUGGAGCUUCCUCACUGCUCUAACCAACUGCAGCAAAUUGAGAUUACUUGCGAUCGCCAACAAUAACCUCUCUGGUGUCUUACCCAAUUCCAUUUCCAACCUCUCCACAGAUAUCCAGAUCCUCGAUUUUUCGCAAAACCAGAUAUCUGGAAGCCUGCCUUCAGAUAUAGGGAAUCUGAAAAACCUGGCUGUACUUUACAUGAAUGCAAACCUUCUCACUGGUAACAUUGCUGCCUCUCUUGGAAAUCUUAAUGCACUGCAUUUACUGGAUAUGUCUUACAACAAUUUCUCCGGCCAAAUUCCUCCUUCAAUGGGAAACAUUAGUCGAUUGAAUUGGCACUACAAGAAAAUACACUUUCAGCGAACACUUUUGGCGACUAAAUGA